AUGGCGACCUAUAAGAUUGCUGUCAUACAGCUAUAUCCAAAGCCCAAUGAGAUAGAGUCAAACCAUCUCCGAGCCGUUGCUUUUAUCAAAGAUGCAGCUGCUUCUGGAGCCCACCUGGCGGUUCUUCCAGAAUACCAUCUUGCUGAUUUCUUUCCAAGUCAUGACUCUGAGAUCCGCAAACAGUGCGCCAACUGGAAGAGGUAUCUUGAUGGCUACUGCACCUUAGCUAGAGAAUGUGGGAUUUGCAUUGUCCCCGGUUCCCUUGGCGAGUUGCACGAAGAUGAUACCCUUGUCAAUGCGACCUAUUUCAUCGACAAUGCAGGGGUCAUUAGAGGUAGAUAUGAGAAGAAAAAUCUUUGGCAUCCAGAAAGACCUUAUGUCAAGGGGUCGAAAAAUGAUAGCCGCCAUGUUGCUUUUGACACUCCUUUGGGCAAGGUUGGAAUGCUCAUCUGCUGGGAUUUGGCUUUCCCCGAAGCGUUUCGAGAAUUGAUCAUGCAAGGCGCCAAGAUGAUCAUUGUGCCUGCCUUCUGGAGAUACAGCGACGCGGGCGAUGUGGGGAUGAAGCUAAAUGCGAAAUCGGAGGGGGAUUUCGUUGAUGCAGCCGUUGUCAGCCGGGCUUUCGAGAACACCUGCGCAGUUGUAUUCUGCAAUGUUGCAGGCCCUGCGAGUGAGGGCUUUGCAGGCCUUUCCCAGGUGGCACUCCCAUUUCUGGGGCGUGUUGAUAGGUUCGAUAAUAGCGAAGAGGGGAUGAAGAUUGUCUCGGUCGAUACAAAUGUCCUUGAAGAAGCCGAAAAUGUGUACAAGGUCCGCGAAGAUCUUGCGACUCCAGAUUGGCAUUACGGAUAUCAUUGA